CGAAAGGGAACAUCAUGAUCACGAAUCAACCAAGCACCACCUUGUCCUUGAAGUUGAGAGUGGCGGUGGCCGUCAUGUUACUUGUUAGCACUCUAUUCCUGCUGAUCGCCAUAUCAACCAAUCACUGGAUUAAUGCCAAUGGAAGGGGUGACAUUGAAUUUGCCGGAUUAUGGAAUAUCUGCAACAGAUUCAUUUGUGAAGCUCACUCUGGAAUGAUAUAUGCCAAGGUCUUGCUGGUGUGUUCCUUUAUCUUCGGUUUCUUUGGCUGCGCUGUAGUUGUACUGGGACUGUGGUUAAACGUUACGAAUAUGAAAAGAGCCGUAGGAAAAAUGAUAAUAGUUAUAGCUAUUCUUGAACUCGCUGGGAUGAUCUCCGCAACUGUUUUCCUCCUGAUUGUCAUAUUCUUUAAGAGCGUCGCCUACGGUCUUGUCUUAGGCUGGAUCGCUGCAGUUUUGUCUUUUGUUGCCAGCUGUCUGAGCUAUUAUCAUUCAAGAAUAGAACCUGACGAAGACUUACCAACUCCACUGACAAAACCAGAGGGUGAGAAUAUUGACCCUCCGCCGCCUUACAUGGUGGACCCCCUGCCAGGAUACGUGUCGGAACCCCCGCCGAGCAGCAUCAUUGUGUCUUAAAAGGGAUUCUAUUGCUUAAUGGCAAAUGAUAUAAAAGUGCUAUAUUUAAUAUUAAUAGAUAACUGUAAAUGAUUCAAGACUAUAUUAUAAAAUGUUUUAAACUGUU